AUGAUUCUUGUUUAUCAUCUACUUCAAGCGUACACUCGGGGAUUCUUCAUGAACAACGAAGACACCCUCAUAUUCUCACACUCGAAUGCGAAGCGAGCAAAUGUCUUGUCUGCUCAAACUCCCCUGCACCAACACCAUCGCAUGCUCUGUUUCUUCCACAUGACUACCGGUGGUAUCGACGCGUCGCUACCUCGAACUUGGCCCAGUCGAUUUGGUUCAUCAGAUCAUGUGUUGGAUAGCCUACUUGCCGGCUUGGAUCCCCGGCGUCCAGUGGGUGACCAUGGUUGUCCUUAG